AUGCUGUCGCCACCGUCCACGCCAGAAACGCGCAAACAGGACAGCUUUGCCACCCCCGCCCCUGUUGCUGCGGUAGUCGCAUCCAUCUCGCACAAACUGCAGCUUCAGACGCCAUACACGCUUGGGAACGAUGAGCUCAGAAGCGACACAUCCGUUGACACACCAAUCGGUAUCUCCAGUGAUUCUGCCUUCGCUGACGGGUUAGCGCAGUUGUUGGCUAAACUCCAGCCGGCAACCGCAGACGUACACGAGGACACCCACCCAGCCCCAGAAGUCGACUUCAAUGCACACAGGGCGGAUAUCCUCAAGUGUUUGACCAAUAUAAACCACGUAGUGACGCAUCACAAGUUCCACAAUAACCUCUUGUCCUUCGAAAAUAGGAACUUGGUGGCGCGACACGGCAUCGAGAUCGAGUUGUUGAGCCGCGAGGUAUGCAUCCUAAAGCUGUUAUUGCAACAGAAAACCCGCAUGCCGUCCUGGAUAGCUCAUACCAGCGAUUUCCCCAGUCAUGGGUCUAGUUAUUACGAAACACACACAGAGAUUAUCGAUGGGACCCCGGAGGAAGCCCCUAGACUACAAGCAGCGUUAGAGGUGACACCUGAGCAGCCCCGGAAGCGCAAGCUUCAACCCGCUUUCAAACCACAUUCACGCACAAGACCUGUGAAGACGUCCCCUCUAUCAGAAAAGACCUCACUUGACCGCUCCCAGCUUCCGCCUACCGCCAUGUUCUCCACCACCACCGCCCUGUGCACUCUUACACCGGAGAGACCCAUCGGGGUAUUAUCCCUGGUUCGUCCAGCGUGUUCUCUAGCCGGAGGUGUGGGUGAUAUCAGCCAGGAGAAGCAGACGCGUGUGUUUUACCUCCACAAUUUAAGUGAGAAGCGCAAACCAGUGAAGGCGGAAAAAUUGCUUCCCAGAAUCAAAAAAUAA